GUAGCGAGGGAGGAGCAGCCCAACAGUAGGGGAGUUGGGUGGAACGUAUACUUAGCAGGUCCUUUAUUCUAAACCUCUAUUUCACGUACUCAUAAUUAGUUUUCUCGCCGUGAGAGAACGGAGAAGUGAAGAACGGAACGAGAGGUUGGAUGAGCGGCGUGAAGAGUUCUGCAGUGUGUUCUGUCAGGGAUGGCGGCGGUGUUACCCAGGACCCUUGGGGAGCUCCAGCUCUACAGGAUCCUCCAGAGGGCCAACCUGCUGUCUUACUACGGGGCCUUCAUCCAGCAGGGUGGCGACGACGUGCAGCAGCUGUGUGAGGCGGCCGAGGAGGAGUUCCUGGAGAUCAUGGCCCUGGUGGGCAUGGCCAGCAAGCCCCUCCAUGUUAGGAGGCUCCAGAAGGCCCUGCGAGACUGGGUCACCAACCCGGCCCUGUUCAACCAGCCCCUAGCCUCUCUCCCUGUCUGCAGCAUCCCCGUCUACAAGCUGGAAGCUAACGGUAAUUCUAAGGCUAGCGCCCACGUCACGGUGCCCGCUCUCUCACCGGCGGCGGAAUGUGUGGGGCCGUCAGGGGUGGGGGGCGAGGGACGAGGAUGUACGGCCUCUGGGUCUCCAGUGCAGAUUGGCAGCGAACCUCGUUUCUGGGGCUCCUUGUCCUCUCGCGGCGGGGGAGGGGGAGCGGAGAGCGAGCGAAGCCUGUCCCCUGCUGAGAUGACCCUGGGUCUGGGUUCUCCCUCGCCGCCGUCCCCACGCGGAGAGGAGGUACUAGAUGCCGCAGCGUUGAGGUCGCUGGCAGAGUGCGUGGAACGGCUGGCCCAGGCGCUGCCCCGGAGCGACCCGUCCGAGGUGAAGGAGGGGCUGCGGGGUAACAAGAAGCUGUCCAAGGUGAUCUGCCACAUCCUGGACAUGGAGGAGGAGGACCCGAGGAGGGAAGAAGAGAUACGCAAGUACAGCGCAAUCUACGGACGCUUUGACUCCAAGAGGAAGGAUGGCAAGCACUUCACACUUCACGAGCUGACAGUGAAUGAGGCAGCAGCUCAGUUGUGUAUGAAGGAGGUCUCCCUGCUGACCAGGCGAGAAGAGUUGUUUGGUCUGGCUAGACAGGUCUCUCGCGAGGUCACCUACAAGUACACCUACAGGACUAGCAAGUCUCGAUGUUGUGACAGAGAUGAUCCUUCUCACAAGAUGAUCAAAACAGAGGAGGGCUUCUUCGACCUCCAGGAAGCCCUGCAAUCAAUCCACAUGAGAAGGGUGGCCCUGAGAGAGCAGCUGGCCACAGCCAAGUCUAAAGGAGAGGAGACUAUGGGGCGCUGCAUCCAGCUGCAGCUGGAGCGUCUGCUGACCAGACAGAUGGAGAUCCAUCACGAAGCGCAGGCCCAGGACAGACUGCAGGCCCAGGACAGACUGCAGGCCCAGGACAGACUGCAGGCCCAGGACAGACUGCAGGCCCAGGACAGACUGCAGGCCCAGGACAGACUGCAGGCUCUGGAGUGGAAGGUCCCUCUGGGGGCCUUCAGGUUGAAUCACAACACUAACCCAGAACACCGUCACCAUGUCAACAGAGUCUCCACUGAUAGCACCAGUCUACCGCCAGGGGAGAGGCCACGGAACCUGCAGGUGGAGGGUCAAAAGUCGAAUGGAGACACACCCCUGGGGAAACAACUAGCCAAUGAGCUGAAGAGGCAUCACGGCAACAGGGAGGGAAAGACCCCGCCCACGAGUCACCAUAGCAAUGUCAAGUGCAAAACUCUGACCAUAGAAAAUGGGAACGGGGCUGACUUCUCCCAAGGGGCUCUCAGCCUUUCUGACAAGAAGACCAUCAAAUCAUAGCCAGAGGAUUCCAGAUAGCACCUCAUCUCCUCCUCCUCUUCCUCCUUGCGCAUCCCUCUUUCACAACACAGUCGUCGUUGGGCAAUACUAAACAAGCACAGCUGCAUUAGAGCCUUAACAACCAAUGUUGCCUCAAGAUAAGGGAUUUUACAUGUAGUUUCUUUUUUGCCAAAGCACCUAGAGAGCCUUUAUUUCUCUCAUUUUUUUGUAUUUUCACUGACUGUGUUGAUUCCCCCUCCCUUCCCUACUCUACCGUUCUCCUUUCUUACUUUCAAGACUGACGGCGAGGGGUCUGUAGAUGUAUUUGUACAUACAGAAUUCUGACACUGAAAAGUGUUUAUUUGUCGUUGAUGUCGUUGAUGCUGUGUAAAAUUAGGACAUCAGUUACCAGGACAACACUAGAAGUUCCACCGACUUUGAGUCAACCAGGAUUUGGCUCAGAAAAGUCUUAUUUAUGUUGACAAAGUGCCAGGUUACCAUGGUGUUACCAUGGUGUUGCCAUGGGUUGACUCAACCAAGGUUCUAAUGGUGAUUUUAAAAAAAAACUUAGAGGCUUUCAUUUAUGACACAAACUUAAAUAUUUAUUACAAUUCAGUGAGAGCCUUCAUUUGGAAUUUACAUAUGGGACGACAACAACAUUUAAAUUUUUACCUUUAUUUAACUAGGCAAGUCAGUUAAGAACAAAUUCGUAUGUUCAAUGAUGGCCUAGGAACAGUGGGUUAACUGCCUUGUUCAGGGGCAGAACGACAGAUUUUUACCUUGUCAGCUCAGGGAUUUGAUCUUGCAACUUUUCGGUUACUAGUCCAACGCUCUAACCACUAGGAUACCCUGCCGCCCCAACAUAUGGGACGACAACAACAUACGGGAUGACAACCUGUGGGACAACAAAGUACCAUAUUUGUAUAUUAUUGCAAGACAGUUUUCUGUGAUAACAUUGAGUGUGUAUGAUAGCCAUCAAGAAUAAGCACAAGUAGGGAUUUUCAUGACAAGGGCCUCAGAGGCCAUAUAAAUGGAGACGUUGACGUACUCUGUCUUACUAAACGGAAGGGAAAUCCUAGAAGUAGUAGUCAACUACAAAACAGUAAUAACAGGGUUUACAUCCCACCUUCUCACUUUAACUAGUACAAAACCAAGUGUGUAUAAGUAGAGCAACACAGACAAUGUGUUGUUGAGAAACCCAGUGUCAAUGUCUCGUUUUCCCAGUUUUGGGGAUCGUGGUUACUGUGCAGUAGUUCUAUUUCCUGUUGGCUAGCGUUAGCCAUAGUCUUAGUUCCCCUCAAGAUGACCUCAAACAGAUACAGUUGAAGUCAGAAGUUUACAUACACUUAGGUUGGAGUCAUUAAAAUGUGUUUAUCAACCACUCCACAAAUUUCUUGUUAACAAACUAUAGUUUUGGCAAGUCGGUUAGG